CCCCGGAAGGGUGAAAACGCCGCACCCGGAAGUGUCUCGGGCGGGUGGGCGUCGCGCCGCCCGGGCCUCUCCGCCAUGGGCCGCAGCAAGAAGAAGAAGCAGCGAGAUGGUGACGACCGGCGUCCGCGGCUCGUUCUCAGCUUCGACGAGGAGAAGCGGCGGGAGUACCUAACAGGCUUCCACAAGCGGAAGGUGGAGCGGAAGAAGGCAGCCAUUGAGGAGAUCAAGCAGCGGCUCAGGGAGGAGCAGAAGAAGCUCCGGGAGGAGCGCCACCAGGAAUACUUGAAGAUGCUGGCAGAGAGAGAGGAGGCGCUGGAGGAGGCGGACGAACUGGACCGGCUGGUGACGGCAAAGACAGAGUCGGUGCAGUACGACCACCCCAACCACACUGUCACCGUGACCACCAUCAGCGACCUUGACCUCUCGGGGGCCCGGCUCCUCGGGCUGCCCUCAGCUGAGCAAGGGGCUGGGCACGGGUCUGAGGAGGAGGCAGCGUCCGUGGAGAAGCCGACCAGAGCCUUACCCAGGAAGUCCAGGGACCCCCUGCUCUCCCAGCGGAUCUCCUCUCUCACGGCAUCACUGCACGCACACAGUCGAAAAAAGGUCAAGAGGAAACACCCCCGACGGGCCCAGGACUCCACCAAGAAGCCCCCGAGUGCCACUCGUACCAGCAAGAGCCAGCGCCGCCGGCUGACUGGCAAAGCCCGGCACGGCGGGGAGUGAGCCCGAGAGCCAGGCUGGGCUCCAGCUGGGGCUGCGGGGACCUGUCCUGUCUCAGCUUGGCUGUCCCCGCAACCCAGCCUGCACCGAGCCAGUGACGCCACAGCUGCAGCCUGGGACUUGGAGCCUGAAGGAGCAGGCAGCUGAGAGCCGGCUUCCCCCAGGAGCCUUUGGGACUAAGUUUGGGCAUCUUCCCAAAUGCCUACCCCUGGGGCCUGCAUCAGAUUUGUGAAACUAA